CCAGGCCUGCGUUCUCUCCUCCUUCCUCCCCGCCUCCAGCUGCCGGCAGGACCUUUCUCUCGCUGCUACUGGGACCCUGUGUCAUAGCCCAGGCUGAGCACGAUGCCCCCUAAAAGGGGAGGUGAUAGAAUUAAACCACCCCCAAUCAUUGGAAGAUUUGGAACCUCACUGAAAAUUGGUAUUGUUGGAUUGCCAAAUGUUGGGAAAUUUACUUUCUUCAAUAUAUUAACCAAUAGUCAGGCUUCAGCAGAAAACUUCCCAUUCUGCACUAUUGAUCCUAAUGAGAGCAGAGUACCUGUGCCAGAUGAAAGGUUUGACUUUCUUUGCCAAUAUCACAAACCAGCAAGCAAAAUUCCUGCCUUUCUAAAUGUAGUGGAUAUUGCUGGCCUUGUGAAAGGAGCUCACAAUGGGCAGGGCCUGGGGAAUGCUUUUUUAUCUCAUUUUAGUGCUUGUGAUGAUUUUCAUCUAACACAUGCUUUUGAAGAUGAUGAUAUCACGCAUGUUGAAGAAAGUGUAGAUCCUAUUCGAGAUAUAGAAAUAAUACAUGAAGAGCUUCAGCUUAAAGAUGAGGAAAUGAUUGGGCCCAUUAUAGAUAAACUAGAAAAGGUGGCUGUGAGAGGAGGAGAUAAAAAACUAAAACCUGAAUAUGAUAUAACGUGCAAAGUAAAAUCCCGGGUUAUAGAUCAAAAGAAACCUGUUCACUUCUAUCAUGAUUGGAAUGACAAAGAGAUUGAAGUGUUGAAUAAACACUUAUUUUUGACUUCAAAACCAAUGGUCUACUUGGUUAAUCUUUCUGAAAAAGACUACAUUAGAAAGAAAAACAAAUGUGGGGCCUUGGAACUCAAGUUGCAAGAAUUGAGCGCUGAAGAGAGACAGCAGUAUCUGGAAGCGAACAUGACACAAAGUGCUUUCCCAAAGAUCAUUAAGGCUGGGUUUGCAGCACUCCAACUAGAAUACUUUUUCACUGCAGGCCCAGAUGAAGUGCGUGCAUGGACCAUCAGGAAAGGGACAAAGGCUCCUCAGGCUGCAGGAAAGAUUCACACAGAUUUUGAAAAGGGAUUCAUUAUGGCUGAAGUAGUGAAAUAUGAAGAUUUUAAAGAGGAAGGUUCUGAAAAUGCAGUCAAGGCUGCUGGAAAGUACAGACAACAAGGCAGAAAUUAUAUUGUUGAAGAUGGAGAUAUUAUUUUCUUCAAAUUUAACACACCUCAACAACCGAAGAAGAAACAAAAUUUAGUUAUUGCUCAGAUAAACAUACAACUUCCAAAAGGCAUCUGAUUUUUUAAAAAUUAAAAUUUCUGAAAACCAAUGGGACAAAUAAAGUUGGGGAGAUGGGAAUCUUUGACAAACAAAUUAUUUUUAUUUGUUUUAAAAUUAAAAUACUGUGUACCCUCUCCCCCCUCAAUGAAAUGCAAGUUCACUAAAUGUGAACAUCUUUGCUUCUCACGUGAUUAAGACCCUACUCCAAAUUGUAGAAGCUUUUCAGGAACCAUAUUACUCUCAUGAUACUUUAUUAAUCUCCAUCAUGUAUGCCAAGCCUAACACAUACACAUUUGACAGUGAGGACAAUGUGGCUUGCUCCUUUUUGAAUCUACAGAUAAUGCAUGUUUUAUAGUA